AUGAUACCAACACCAAAUCUAGAUCAUAUAACAAGCAAUGAUUAUAAUUAUGUAUAUGAACCAGCAGAGGAUACCUUUUUAUUCCUUGAUGCAUUAGAAAAUGAACAAAAUUUCUUAAGAAGUAUUUUAAAACCUUGCAUUUGUUUGGAAAUUGGAUCAGGUUCAGGAUGUAUUUCUACAUUUCUAGGAAUGUUAAUUGAUAAAAAUACAUCUUUGUUAUUAUGCACAGACAUCAACCCAUAUGCAACUUCAAUAACGGUUAAAACCGGACACCAAAAUCUUAUACAAUUAGAUGCAAUCACAACAAACUUAACGUCAGGACUUUUACCAAGACUUAAACACUCAAUUGAUUUAUUAUGUUUUAAUCCGCCGUAUGUUGUUACUGAUUCCGAAGAAUUAAAUUCAAAUAAUAAUAUUCUUGACAAAUCUUGGGCUGGGGGAAUUAAUGGAAGAGAAGUAAUUGAUCAGAUGUUGAUAUUAGUUGAUGAUCUACUUUCCAUUAAAGGAAUAUUUUAUUUAUUAGUAAUUAAACAAAAUAAACCUGAAGAAAUUUGCGAAAUUAUGUUUGAAAAAUAUCAAUUCAAUUCAGAAGUUAGUAGUCAUAAUAUUAAAUCAAAACCCAAACCAAAACCUCACCCACUUAUACUUGACUCCAGAAGCAAUGUAAACGAGCCAAUCAACAAUUCAUUCCCAAAUUUUUUCAUACCUAUUUCUCCCUCUGUACGUAAAGCAAUAUCUCCAGACAUGAGACAGUCAUGGAUAUUAAAUAGCCCUAUCACAAAUUCUGAGGCAGAAGAAACAUUAAUACAACCAACUCCAAUACUUGAAAACAAAAUGCCAACUGCCAACAUAAGUAGUAAUAAUGGUAUUAAUGGCAUCAAAUCAUCAGAAAGAAGUGAAAGGUUAAUUGAUAUUUCCUUGUCGUCAUCAUUACCAUCAACAAUCAAUGAAAUAAGCGGUUCCGAUCCUCAAUUACUAGAUAAUUAUAAUUUAACAUUAUCGCCUACUUUAACAGGUUCAAGUAGACCGGUUUCGAGUGUCUCUUCGGCUACAAAUGUAGACAACGAAUAUGAUGCUUUAUCAGACUCGUCUCAUUCUUUGUCAUCUUCAUUUUCGGCUUCCAUACUUACAAGUCAUCGUGAUAGUCUGUGUGACACUGCAUCAAGCCUAAGUGCAUCACCUUGUCAAAGUGAAUUUAACUAUAAAAAUCAUAAAAGGAAAUCACUCGAUUUCCACAAUCCUUCACAACAACACAUCAACAAUAAUACCAAUCUUCCCGAUCAUCAUCAUCGAUUUUCAGUACCAACCGUGACCAACGAAUCUGAUCUCAUCGACACCAGUCCUAAAAGAGUCUCAACUUUAUCAAAAUUUCAAUUCAACGAAAAAAUAUCUCGCGCCUCGAUCAGAAUGAGUAUUAACGAUAUCAUGCAAAAAAGAUUGCAUAUUGCAUUGGAAAUUUUAACUACUGAACGCCAUUACGUUGAAUGUUUGUUACUUGUUCAAAAGUUAUUCCUUAAUCCACUACUUAAAUCUCUUUCUACACUAAAUCCAAUUCUAAGUAAAAAAACAAUAAACAAAAUAUUUGCAAAUAUGUUGGACUUGAUAAGUGUAAAUUCUGAAUUGCUUAAAAGAUUGGAGGAGAGGGUUUUUGGAUCAUUGGAGGGGAAUACAGAUGAUGAUGAAUUUUGGAAUCCGGAGGAUGGUUGUUUAGGAGACAUUUUCCUUAAUAUGGCGCCAUUUUUCAAGAUGUAUUCUAUUUAUGUAAAAAAUUUUAAUUCGGCACUUGCAGUAAUUGAUGCAGAAUUAAGGGAUAAUCCAAAUUUUACUGCUUUUUUAAGAGUACGACAAUGUAAAGGUCUUACUUUGCAAGCAUAUUUAAUAAUGCCAGUUCAACGAAUCCCUAGAUAUAAAUUACUAUUAGAGGAUUUGCUAAAGAAAACACCUGAUUCGCAUUCUGAUUAUCUUAAUCUAAAGAAAGCUUAUCAUGUUAUUGAAAAUGUUGCAACUUUUGUUAAUGAAACAAUUCGUCAACAUGAAAUGUUUAUAGCUAUGUUGGAAAUUCAAAGAUUUCUAACCGGAUUUGAUGAAGCAGUUUUAAUACCUGAUGCAAUGAAAAAUGGAUUUCAGAUUAUUACACCACAAAAAAGUUUUACAAUUUAUUCAGAUACACCAGAAGAAAAAACAUCAUGGAUAAAUGCUAUUCGUAACACAAAAGAAGAAUUUUUGAGUGCAAAAAGAACAUUGAAAAUUGAUAGUAAUUUUGAUUCGGAAAGAAAAGAUAUAUAUAAAAAAAGAAUUGUAGAAAAUUAUCACGCACCAAUUUGGGUUCCUGAUUCAGAAGCUGACAAGUGUAUGAAUUGUAGUGAUGAGUUCACAUUGUUUCGAAGAAAACAUCAUUGUAGAGCAUGUGGAUCAAGUGAAAGAGAAGAUCAAUGGGCGAGAGCUUGUGAUCCGUGUUUUUUCACAAUGUUUCCAGAUGCAUUGAGAGACGAGGAUUUAGCACCUGGAAUUCAUGUAUGGAAUCUUACAGGAUCUAACAGAAGUAGUAGUAGUGGUCACGGGAAAGAAAUUAGUAUAGGAAGUGAUAACGAUAAUAAGAUUUCAAGGAGAGAUGUAUCAGGAAGAUCAGGAAUUUUAACAUCACAAAUUAAAUCUAUUCAUGAAGCAAUUGUUGCUAGACGAUGUGAAUUAUAUUGUCUUACCAAAAAACCCAUUGAUUUAUCUUCAAUUCCAAAAGAUUUUUUAACAAUAUUAAUGGAGGAUCCACAAUUACAACAACAACAAAAUAGGUUUAGUAAUAGGUUUAGCACGGCUAAUAUUAUAAGAUUAUGUGAUUUUUGUUAUCUGGAUAUUGAUCCAAAUAGUGUCUCGGUUAAUGAAGAAAGUGGUGGUGGUUGGGCUGUACAAGGAAAUAUUUCUCCGCCACCAUCACCGUGA